CGUUACUAGAAGCAGGUUGUUUGCUUUCGUUUGACGAAAAGUCGGUUCGGUAAAAAUGUCGAAUUCUGGGAAACUACGGAUACGAUUAUCAUGCCUGUAAGGAAACAGCGUGGGAUUUCAGUGUGUUUAUAUAACACUAGGAUUGCAUUCAUUCUUCGCCCAGGGAAAGGAUUAUUUCCAUGUGAAGCAUGGAGAAUUGAAGUUCAUAAAAUGAAGACGAGAAACACUGGCAAAAGCUCGCCAUCGAAGUCUGCAAAAGAUUCCGGAGGUUCAAAUGCUGAAAAAUUACUGAAGCAACCGCAACAAAAUUCGUGUUCUAAUAUGGAUUUAAAAACUAAUGCCAAGUUAUUUAUUGUAAAGUGCAUCAUAUGCAUCUUCGACAUCAUUACAUUCCCAGUAUAUUUUCUAGUCCAGCAGCCGUGGAGGAGGUGGAAAGCUGCAAGAAAAAUUUGGGCAAAACAUAUCAGAGAAAAUGACCCAUACAGCCCAUGCGUUCGUCUAGUCCGUAGUGGUAACAAUCCAUUGGAUGGGAUAACCACUAUGGAUGAACUAUUUAGGAUGUCAGUUAUGCGACAUGGUACGAAGAAGUGUGUUGGUGUUCGAGAGGUUCUUGCAGAAGCUGAUGAAUAUUACAAGAAUGGAAAAGUUUUCAAAAAGGUCCGACUUGGAGAUUAUCAGUGGUUUUCAUAUAUUGAUAUCGAACAGCGUGUAGAAAAUCUCACUAAGGGCAUGCUUGAAAUAGGUUUGCAACCAAAAAAGCAGGUCGUUAUCUUUGCUGAAACAAGAGUAGAAUGGAUGCUUGUAUGUCAAGUUUGCUUUAGAAUUAAUGUUCCAGUGGCUACUUUGUAUGCUACGCUCGGCGAAGAUGGUAUUAUUCAUGGAAUUAAUGAAACUGAAGUCACACACAUAUUUACUUCGCAAGAAUUACUAGGAAAGCUAAAGAAAAUAUUAGGUAAAACACCAGCUAUAACCCACGUUGUGUAUAUGGAAAAUGUCAGACCUGUGGACACAUCUGGAUUUUCAGAAAAAGUUUCAGUCAUCUCAUUUUCUCAACUAGAAAAAAUGGGAGCUACUUGCGAUCCAAUUUCGAAGCCUGAUCCACCCACUCCAAAUGACCUAGCUGUAAUUAUGUACACUAGUGGAUCGACAGGUAUACCCAAAGGUGUGAUGUUGACUCACAAGAACAUGGUCACCACCGCUACAGGGCUUUUGGAUUGCAUUCCUGUUCUUGAGCCUGAUGAUAUGUACAUAGGCUAUUUACCAUUAGCUCAUGCAUUUGAAAUAGCAGCUGAAUGUUUCUUCUUUGUUAUGGGGGUUCCAUUUGGAUAUUCAUCACCUCAUACUAUGACAGAUAAGUCGACUGCAAUUAUGCCUGGCUGCAAAGGUGAUGCAUCUCUUCUGAAACCUACAAUUCUGACUGCAGUUCCUUUGAUGCUGGACAGAAUUAGGAAAGGUGUAACUGAAGUUACCAAUAGUAAAGGUCCGUUCGCGAAGGAGUUUUUCAAAUUUGCUAUGCAGUACAAAAAAUUCUGGUACAAGAAAGGCUUUAAUACACCUAUUUUAAACAGGUUAGUUUUCAAGAAAAUCAAAGAUAUGGUUGGAGGUAACGUUCGGAUAAUAGCUUGCGGAGGAGCGCCGCUUUCACCCGAUACCCAUGAUUUCAUACGUCUCUGUUUAGAUGUGAAGAUGAUCCAAGCGUACGGAAUGACGGAAACGGCUGCAAGUGCUACAAUCAUGUCUUUGGCAGACUGCAGUACCGGCCGAGUGGGAGCACCUUUGAGCAACUGUUACAUCAAGCUUGUUGACUGGACUGAAGGAAAUUAUCAUGCAACUGACAAACCAUAUCCAAGAGGAGAAAUCGUUAUUGGUGGAGACUGUGUUGCUCUAGGGUACUUCAAAAAUGAUUCUUUGACAAAAGAGAGUUUUAAAGAAGAGGAUGGCGUUAAAUGGUUUUAUACUGGAGACAUUGGAGAGAUGUAUCCCGAUGGAACUUUCAAAAUCAUAGACAGGAAAAAAGAUCUUGUAAAGCUGCAAUACGGUGAAUAUAUUUCUCUGGGAAAAGUGGAAGCAGAGUUGAAAACUUGUCCAUUAGUUGACAACAUUUGCGUCGUUGGAAACGGUUUGCAUGAUUAUCUCGUAGCUCUUGUUGUGCCUAAUAUUCAGCAAUUAAGGAAUCUCGCUGUCUCUUUGGGAAAACAGGAAUUGUCUAUUCAUGAAUUGUGUCAAGAUCCAUCUGUAAUUUCCAUCGUUUCUAAAGCAAUUACGGAGCAAGGUCAAAAAAGUAAACUCAUGCGAACUGAAAUUCCUACAAAAGUUAAGUUGGUCUCUGAAGAAUGGCAACCAGAAACUGGACUUGUAACGGCUGCAUUCAAAAUUCGUAGGAAAAUGAUUGAGCAGUUCUACAAGAAUUCAAUUGAAGAAAUGUACACUGCAGAACCAAAAAGUAGCUCGAAAUCUACGUGAUACUGCUUCAUCAUUACUUAUUGAACAUGUAACUGACAUUCAUCAUGGAAGAGAGUUUACAUAUUAACUAGUUUUUUACUCUUCUCAGUUCAUUACCAGCGGUUUUCAGAUGUAAACCUUUUUAAAGGGAGAAAUCUGUCUUUAGUAUUCUUGCCAUCUGAGCUCUCCAUUAAUUACAGCCCAGAGUUUCAUCUUAAACUUUGUGCAACCUGUUCCUUGUUACGAGUAAUAUCUCGGUUUGACAAGUAUAUUGAAAGUGCAAUUUGGUCUGUUAAUGUUCAAGAUUUCUACUUUAACACUUACAAGAACUACUUUUUAAACUAUGAUUUCCUUUAAUCUUCAAUGUUACUGUUUUGGUUUCUUGAAGUUCUCUUGUUUGUUACUCACAUGUAAUUUUUAAUUUCUAAAUUUUAUCUGUUAUAUUUAAUAUUUUAAUGCAUAUGUAGUUGUACAUUAUUUUUAAAACCUAAAACAGGUUCAACUUCCAAAGAUAUACAGAAUGAAAUGUAUUAUAGUGUAUUUAAAUUGUAUGAACAUCUGUAUCAGUGCUCAACUGUAAACAUGCGUGAAUUUUGUUAAUAAAAUACAUCUUAAGUA